AUGGAGUGGAUAACUGUCCCCUCCAGUCUAUGCAACGCAACCACCUUUACGUAUCCCACCAUUGCUGGUGCUGAGUUCCUCAGCAUCGAGGCAUCCUUGGUGCAGAACUUUUCGCGAUAUGUCUCAGACCAAGACUACUUGAAUUACCCAGAGAUUUUUGUCGAGGACGCCACUUUCUGCAACCUCACCCUAUCCUACACACACCAUGGUCAAGACGACAUUUUGUUCGUGGAGUCGUGGCUGCCUAUUCCCUGGAAUAGCCGUCUACAGACCGUGGGCGGCGGUGGAUGGACAGGCGGCCGGAAUGAGUUAGCCAUCUCCGAAAUGGCAGGAGCCAUUGGAAAUGGGUGUGGUAAAAGUCCUCUAAAUGCCAUAAUCACCACGGACGCCGGACUCGGUCGCUCGGAAAUACCAGUCGAUUGGGCUUUGCUUAAACCUGGAAACGUCAACUGGGUUGCCCUCCAGAACCUGGGACAUGUAUCUUUGAAUGAGCAGGUAAAAAGCUCGCCAAUGACUUUUGCGAUAAGCCCCCCUCUUUACUCCUACGUCAUUGGAUGUUCUCAGGGCGGACGCAAGGAACUAGAACUGGCACAAAGAUACCCAGACGCAUACGAUGGAAUUGCGGCUGCGACUCAGGCCGUGUACUGGUCACAGUUCUUCCAGGCAAUACGAAAGCCGUCGUCAAAAAGUGCGAUGCAGACGACGAUCGAGGACAGCAUCAUUUUGGCCCCUGCUAAAUGCCAGUUUGACCCGUUUUCUGUCGUCGGGACAAGGUUCUCCUGCAGCGACACUGGAACAGAUAUAGAGACCAGCAACGGAGCCGCAACAAUUUCGAAGCGUACCAUGCAGGGGCCAAAGAUCCGGACGGAAACUUACCAGGACAAUUUUCGGGACACCUGGAUUGGCUGCUACGACAUGUACCGAAGAGGCAUGCGUUGGGCGUCCCUUUGA